CGGCGGGGUGAGCGCACGGACGGACGGGCGGACGGACGGCGGGCACGGCUCCCCGCGGACCUCGCAGGACCAUGGCGCUGCUCUGGGAGCCCGCAGGAGCCUGGUUGGCUCUGGCCCUGACGCUGGCCCUGGGCCCAGGCCGAGGCGGGGCGGUCCCGUGGCAGGACUGCACGGGGGUCGAGUGCCCACCGCUGGAGAACUGCAUCCAGGAGGCGCUGGAGCCGGGCGCCUGCUGUGCCACGUGUGUACAGCAGGGCUGUGCCUGCGAGGGCUACCAGUACUACGACUGUGUGCAGGGCGGCUUCGUGGACGGCCGGGUACCCGCCGGCCGGUCCUACUUCGUGGACUUCGGCAGCACUGAGUGCUCCUGCCCGCCGGGGGGUGGCAAAAUCAGCUGCCAGUUCAUGCUGUGCCCUGAGCUGCCGCCCAACUGCAUCGAGGCUGUGGUGGCGGCUGACAGCUGCCCGCAGUGCGGCCAGGUGGGCUGCGUGCACGCGGGCCGCAAGUACACCGCCGGCCACACCGUGCACUUGCCGCCCUGCGGGGCCUGCCACUGCCCGGAUGCUGGCGGUGAGCUCAUCUGCUACCAGCUCCCGGGUUGCCAGGGCAAUGUGUCCGAUGCGGAGGAGGGUGACCCCGAGCGGCACUAUGAAGACCCCUACAGCUACGAUCAGGAGGUGGCUGAGGCAGAAGCAGCAGUGGCCCUGGGCAGUGAGGUCCAGGCAGGGCCAGGGGGCCCCCCGGCUGCUCUGGGAGGCGGGAGUCAACCGCUGUCCACCAUGCAGGCCCCGCCUUGGCCAGCUGCCCUCCCCAGGCCCACAGCAGCCGCUGCCCUGGGGCCCCCGGCCCCUGUGCAGGCCAAAGCCAGGAGAGUGACAGAGGACAGCAAGGAAGACGAGGAGGAACUGGCCGUCACGGAGGAGCAGCCGGCGGCAGGUGGUCCCCAGGAACUGGAUGCGCUGCCCACCAUGGCCCCAGCAGAACCCCGUCUCCCGGGCCAGGAGGAGGCGGCAGAAGCCAGGGCGGGGCCUGAAGAGAACCUCAUCCCGGAGGCUGAGGCCACCCCGCGCAGCGCCAGGCCCCAGGGUGCCGCGACCCUGCCCGCGUCCGGCACGGCCGAACGCGUCCCCUCACAGGCCGAGCCCAGCUCUCCCGGGGACCCAGUGCAGCCCAGCAGCCACCCUGUGCCGUCCACGACACCAGCUGGUGCAGCCCAGGUGCCUCCCACCCAGGAGGUGCGCAGGCCCGUGCAGGGUCUGCCCCGUUCCCGGGCCGUGGAGGACACAGACCCCAACUCCGUGCACUCUGUCCCAAGAGGCGGCCCUGAAGGCUCCACCAAGGACCUGAUUGAGACGUGCUGCGCGGCCGGGCAGCAGUGGGCCAUCGACAAUGACGAGUGCCUAGACAUCCCUGAGGGCGGCCUGGAGGGUGACGUCUGCAGGACAGCCCAGAAGCACUGCUGCGUCUCCUACCUCAAGGAGAAGAGCUGCGUGGCCGGCGUCAUGGCGGCCAAGGAAGGCGCAGCAUGCGGGGCCGAGGACAGCGACACCUGCGGCGUGGUCCUCUACAAGCAAUGCUGCGACUGCUGUGGCCUGGGACUGCGCCUGCGGGCCGAGGGCGAGGCUUGCGAGUCCAACCCCAACCUGGGCUACCCCUGCAACCACGUCAUGCUGUCCUGCUGCGAGGGCGAGGACCCGCUCAUGGUGCCUGAGGUCCGCCGGCCUCCGGAGCCCGCAGUGGCACCACGGAGAGUGUCGGAGGCGGAGGUGGCAAGCCGGGAGGCCCUUUCGCUGGGCACAGAGGCUGAGCUGCCCAACAGCCUGCCGGGCGAUGACCAGGACGAGUGCCUGCUGCUCCCUGGGGAGCUGUGCCAGCACCUGUGCAUCAACACUGUGGGCUCCUACCGCUGCGCCUGCUUUCCCGGCUUCUCGCUGCAGGAUGACGGCCGCACCUGCCGCCCAGAUGGUGACGCCCUGCGGCCGGAGUCUGCGCUGAGGACAGAGUCUGCCCAAGAGGCCCCUAACACCAUCCCGCUGCCCCUGCCGCAGCCCAAUACCUGCAAAGACAACGGGCCCUGCAGGCAGGUGUGCCGCGUCGUCGGGGGCUCAGCCAUGUGCUCCUGCUUCCCUGGCUAUGCCAUCAUGGCGGACGGCGUCUCUUGCGAGGACCAAGAUGAGUGCUUGCUGGGUGCUCAUGAUUGUAGCCGGCGACAGUUCUGUGUGAACACCCUGGGAUCCUUCUACUGUGUCAACCACACAGUGCUCUGUGCCGAGGGCUUUAUCCUCAACGCGCACAGGAAGUGUGUGGACAUCAACGAGUGCGUGACAGAGCUGCACACGUGCAGCCGGGGCGAGCACUGCGUGAACACGGUGGGCUCCUUCCGCUGCUACAAGGCGCUCACCUGUGAGCCAGGCUACGUGCUGGAGGACGGCGAGUGUGCGGACGUGGACGAGUGUGCGAGGGGCACACACACGUGCCAGGCGGGCUUCUCGUGCCAGAACACCAAGGGCUCCUUCUACUGCCAGGCCCGGCAGCGCUGCAUGCAGGGCUUCCUGCAGGACCCCGAGGGCAACUGUGUGGACAUCAACGAGUGCACCUCGCUCCCGGAGCCCUGCCGGCCCGGCUUCAGCUGCAUCAACACCGUGGGCUCCUACACGUGCCAGAGGAAUCCGCUGGUGUGCGGCCGUGGCUACCACGCCAGCGAGGAUGGGACCAAGUGUGUGGACGUGAACGAGUGUGAGACGGGCGUGCACCGCUGUGGCGAGGGCCAGGUGUGCCACAACCUCCCAGGCUCCUACCGCUGUGACUGCAAAGCCGGCUUCCAGCGCGACGCCUUCGGCCGGGCCUGCAUUGACGUGAACGAGUGCUGGGCCUCCCCUGGCCGCCUGUGCCAGCACACGUGCGAGAACACGGCCGGCUCCUACCGCUGCUCCUGUGCCUCCGGCUUCCGGCUGGCGGCCGACGGCAAGCAUUGCGAAGAUGUGAACGAAUGUGAGUCCCAGCGCUGCAGCCAGGAGUGUGCCAACAUCUACGGCUCCUACCAGUGCUACUGUCGCCAGGGCUACCAGCUGGCCGAGGACGGGCACACCUGCAUAGACAUUGACGAAUGUGCUCAGGGCGCCAGCAUCCUCUGCACCUUCCGCUGCCUCAACGUGCCGGGAAGCUACCAGUGCGCGUGCCCGGAGCGCGGCUACACCAUGACCGCCAACGGGAGGUCCUGCAAGGACCUGGACGAGUGUGCGCUGGGCACGCACAACUGCUCCGAGAGCGAGACCUGUCACAACAUCCAGGGCAGCUUCCGUUGCCUGCGCUUCCAGUGCCCUCCCAACUACGUCCGCGUCUCCGAAACGAAAUGUGAGCGCACCACGUGCCACGACUUCAUGGAGUGCCAGAACUCGCCGGCGCGCAUCACGCACUACCGGCUCAACUUCCAGACGGGGCUGCUGGUGCCCGCCCACAUCUUCCGCAUCGGCCCGGCACCGGCCUUCCCGGGGGACACCAUCUCCCUGACCAUCGUCAAGGGCAACGAGGAGGGCUUCUUCAGUACGGGCAGGCUGAACGCCUACACGGGCAUGGUGUCCCUGCAGCGCGCCGUGCUGGAGCCCCGGGACUUCGCUCUGGACGUGGAGAUGAAGCUGUGGCGGCAGGGCUCGGUCACCACCUUCCUGGCCAAGAUGCACAUCUUCUUCACCGCCUUCGCCCUCUGAGCCUGCCCCGCCCGCCCGGCAGGUGCACCUCGUGUGCGUGGGGCCGGCUUUCUCACUCUCGCUCUGUAAAUUAACUUAAUUUCCCUGACUUGACUCUCCUGGACCCUGGGGGAGGGAGGCUGGCGGCAGGGGGUGGGGGUCUGUUCUUCCGCGGGCACCGGGUGAAGCUUCCGGGCGCCUUGAGGUGGCUGUGGGUGCCUGCAGGGGAGGAACCAGGGCUGGAGACAUGGCGCCCACGUUGCUUGGGGCUUUUGGACUCUCCUGAUGACCCGUCCCUGAAGCCAACGUUCCGUUUCCUGUUCCACUGUGAUCAGUUCUUCACUUUUUUUUUUUAAAUCAUUUUACAUUUUUUUUAAUUAAAAGUAGUCCAUGUAUGUAAAAAAAAAUUUCAAGUCGUCCAGGAAGGGCUAUGAAAGUAAAAAUGUAAAACACAGCCUGGUCCCUUCCA